ACCGUGACCUCAUGAACGAGAUCUUGGAGAGCAUCGAGAAGGGCUUGGAGGAGGAGCGCGGCCGCGGCACGCUGAAGCCAGACGAAGUCCAGGACCUCAUGUUAAAGCUGCGCAAGCUGAAAACGAAGCGCAACAACUGGCCGUGAUGUAGCAGCAACCGAUCUCAGAUGAACGAAUCUAUACGCACCAUUGGGACAUAUUCCUACCUACUUACCUCCUCAGACCUAAUCAUGACGACCAAACGCAUGCUUGUCCUUGGUUCUUGCCAGUUGUUGGUUGACCCGUCUCGUCGUCUCUUGGGCAUGUCAUGUACAUAUACCACACAUCUUGGCAUCAUAAAUCUGUCCGCACAUAGUAUUGCAUCUGCUCGCUAUGUACCGUACAUCGUCCUAGAGGAUAACCAAGUCGCCCUGGCAACAAUGACACCAGAAUAUGUGCGAAUCGUCCAUGAACUGCGGCUUGCGCGGGGCGGCGUGGUGCUGGACCGCGGCCGUCGACUGGGGGGCAGCGGACUCCACGACCGUCGGCAGACCAGCGGUCUUGAUGGUGGGCGAGCUGAGCUUCGCGGUCGCCGCGACCUCGCUGUCUAUGCGGGCUUUAAGCAUGCUCAGGCUCACGCGGCGCUUGUGCUGCGCCUCGGGCGAGAGGCCCUCGAACGUCGCCGAGGUGGGCGUCGGCGCGAGGUGCGACGGCUUGUGCGCGUUGAACGACGCGCGGCGGAGGUCGUCCGAAAAGUCGACCGGCCGGCUCGACGUGCGCGGGGGCAUUGGCGAGCGCUGCGACGCGCGCGACGGCGGGCGCAGGUGCGCGAGCUGGUCCUCGAGCGCGGUGACGUGCUUCUGCAGCGCGUGCGCGUGCGCCUCCGCCUCGAACACGGACGUCUCGAGCGUGCGCAUGUGCGACUGCACCGCGGAGAGCUCGAGCGCGUGUUGCUGCUUGAUCGCGCUGAGCAUCUCCUCGUCGAGCGCGUUGGGCUGCGCGGAUAUCGGCGUGGACGCCGCGACGCGGAGUUGCUCGAGCUCCUGGUCUUUCGCGGAGAGCUCGGCGCGGAGGGCCUCCAUCUCGUCUUGGGCGUGCUCGAGGAACUCCUGUGCUUCUUGCUGGGCGUCCUGCCGCUCAUCGAGCUCGCUCUGCAGGCCGGAGACUUGCUCCAUGUGCUCCUGCAGCGCAGACUUGAGUUGGUCCAGCUCACCCAAAUGGCGCUCGGUCAUUUGGUGGUAGUUGUUGCGCUCGGACUCGAGGUUACGGAUGACUGCACGGGCGGCAUCUAGCUCCGUUUGCAGAGAGUCGGACUCCUUCUGCAACUCGGAGCUAUUCGCGUUUGAAGACGAACGUUCCUUCUCCAGUGCAAGAGCGACCUCCUGGCGUUCUUGAGUGGCCAUAUCUUUCUCGUUGAGUAACUCGUCCAGAUUGGCUUCCAACUGUGCGAUAGUAGCAUCCCGACUGCGCAGAGCGGACUUCAGGCCUUCGACCUCCUCGCCAAGGUUGAGCUUUGCGUCGGUGAGCUCGACGAUCUUAGGACGCAUCUCGUCCAGAGAACGCAUCAAACCAACGCCUUCCGUCUGGAGCUCGCCCUGAAGUCGCUCUGCCUCCUCAGCACGCUUGUUCGCGCUUUUGAGUUCCGCCUGGACUUGCUGCAGUUGACGAGCGCCAUUGCUCAGCUGCGCAGCAAGAU